ACAGCUGAUCAAAGUCCGAUUUCAAAACAAACCAAGCUUAGUGGUCCUGACGAAGUGGUUUUGCAUUUUGUAUUGUGGUUGAUUAUACCGUUUCAUACGUCAAAGACAUCGACAGUUGACAAUGUCCGGCCAGAAUUUUGCUAAAUUCGUCCACUGGGGAAGAAAUAUAAUAGCUGUCGGCAGGAAUUACAGAGAUCACUGUGCAGAACUUGGAAAUCAAGUCCCUACCAAGCCACUUCUGUUCAUGAAACCUCCAUCUUCCUAUUUAGAAGUUGGCACAGGACCUAUACAGAUUCCUAGGGGAUGCACAGACUUCCACCAUGAAGUAGAACUAGGUAUAGUGAUUGGUGAGACGUGCCGUGAUGUGACUGAGGAUCAAGUGAUGUCUCACAUUGCAGGUUAUGCUCUUACUUUAGAUAUGACUGCUAGGGACUUCCAGGAGGAAGCCAAGAAAAAGGGGACUCCAUGGACAUUGGCCAAAUGUUUCGAUACAUCCUUACCAGUUUCUAGAUUUAUCACAACCAAGGAACUUGCAGAUCCUACAAAUGUUAGUUUGUGGUGCAAGGUGAAUGAUGAGAUCCGACAGAAUGGAAACACUGCUGACAUGAUAUUUAGCAUACCACAUCUGAUCUCUUACAUAUCUCAAUAUUUCACCCUUCAACCUGGAGAUUUAGUGUUAACUGGAACCCCAGCAGGGGUAGGUCCCGUUUCUCCUGGUGACAGUAUAACAGCUGGAUUAGGUGACAUUGUGUCAAUGAAGUUUGAUGUUAUCCGAAGAGAGUAAAUGGAAUUUUACAAUAAUUGUAUUGUACAGGCAGUCCCCAAGCUUACGACAGGGUCUCCGUUCUUGAGAUGCACUGUAAGCUGGAGAAUCGUCAAAAAUCGGGUGUAUUAAAAACUAUGUAAACUGCAUUUUUAUCACGUUCUUCUUUUUAAAAUCUUCAAAUAUUAAUUAUUCUGCAUUUUUGGAGUCAUAUUUCUUCCACCAGAUCGGCGUUGUAAACGGUGUAACCCUGGAGCUUGUCUCGUAAACCUGGAAAUAAUUUAUGAUGAAUAUAAUUGAAAAGUGUCGUAACCUCAGGACGUCGUAAGCUGGGGACUGCCUGUAUUUAGCUGUGUACAGAAAUAUUUUCAAAUAUAUUUUCAAAGUUAUUUUGCUACAGUCUUACUAAGGUUGUAUAUAUCCAAAAUUUGGGUGUUUCAUAGCACAGUAAACAGGAAAAAGUUUAUACAAAUAAUAGUAUUAUGAUAGAAUUCUUUCAUACUCUUAGGGAGUGAUGUAUAUUUUGCAUUUUAUUAUACAAGUGGUCUUGUUUCUAGUUAAACAAGCUAAUAAUGGCAUACUUUGUGACAUUCUUUUUGUUUUUGAGUUUUACAUAUACUACUGGUAAGUUGGGUUUUCCACUAUUCUAUGCCUACUAUAGUUUGUGCAUUUAGGGGCAUCAAAGGGGUCUCAACUGUGAGGUUAAGGGCUUCAACGAUGUAUCAAUUUUGAGGUUAGGAUCAUCAGAUGUCACGACUGUGAGGUUAGGGUCAUCAAAGAUGUAUCAAUUUUGAAGUUAGGGUCAUCAAAGACCUAUCAGUUUUGAGGUUACAGUCAUAAAAGAUGUAUCAAUUUUGAGGUUAGGGUCAUCAAAGAUGUCAUGACUGUUGAGUUUAGGGUUAUCGAAGAUGUAUAAAUUUUGAGGUUAGGGUCAUCAAAGAUGUAUCAAUUUUGAGGUUAGGGUCAUCAAAAACGUAUCAGCUGUGAGCAAAGUCAUAAAAAAUGUAUUAACUCUGAUUUUAGGAUCAUUAAAGAUGUUCAUAUCAA